AUGAAGGCCGUCGCCUCUCGCGUCACCGACCCCAAGACCGACGUCCUUCUCCUCCCCGCCGUCGACAUGGACGACAGCGGCCCCUACGAAAUCGCUGAACCCCGUGUCAUCACAGCACUUGAGACCUACACACCAUCAUGGCUGCAGACACCGCGACUUAAGCGCCUAGCAGAGAUUGUAUCCGCUCAAGCAGUCAUGCAACAGCAGCUUGACGCUGGUGGUGCUAUGGCCAAGGAAGCAUAUGAGGGUGGUGAAGAUGGUGAGGGGGUGACAUGGGCGAUUGGAGUCAGUUGA